AUGUCACACAUUUAUCGGUAUGACACCCAGGAGGUUCACCAUAAAGAUGAAAGUCAGUAUGAAACUGAUGGGGACGGAAUGUCGAGCACUCUGACCAUUCAGAGUGGUUAUAGCUCUGACUACCGCUCACACACCCAGCCGUUAUCCCGGCUAAGUAGACACAGCAUCAAAAUAAAGUCAAGUUCAAGCUUUCCUAACUUACUUAGUUUGUACCAGACACCAAUACGAGAAGAGAGUAACUUAGAAGAAAUAAAAAAGAAACCGAAACAGCAGAAAAAAGAAAGACGAAGAAAAAAUGUCACUAAACGACCAGAUUGGGAGGAGCAACAUGAAAGUCGUGCGAAACACGAGUCACGGCAGAUACGUAUGGACGCAGUGGCGAAAGAACAGCUAGACAAAUUUGACAAGUAUGUUAACAGUAUGAAAGAAAAAGUGGAAAAACAGAGAGACGAAAGGCGAAAAUACAAUGAGAUUCUUCAAGAAAGACUUAAAGAACAAGAAGAAGAGGAAAGGAAGAAGUUGCGCCUCCAUAGAGGACCAAAACAUGUAUAUAUUCACGACCGAAGUUAUCUUAAAACUCUGCCGGUUUCCAAAUAUUGUAAAGCUACACGAUUAGCUGAUGAUUUACAACGAAAAGGCGUUCUGCGCACGCGCGCUGAUGUCGAAAAGUACUGGUCGGGUUUUGCUAAUCAACAAGCAAAAGGAGUUGACAUAUUUUCAGAUACAGCCAGUAAUUCAGUUAAUUAUCCGCAUCAAUGGAUGACAACUAAAAAACCGGAAAUCAAAAUUACAGACGACGGCGACGAUAGAGAGGACCAUCUUAGUGAUGCAGUCACCUUACAUCAACGGCAUCUGCCCCCUAUAAGGAGAAAGAAGAAACGACGCCCAGAAAUUUAAAUAAUUAAAAAACUUAAUUGUCUUCAGACUAAAAUAUUUUGUUUAAUUUAAUCUGCUAUCUACGGGUUACAGUAUGUUUUAUUUGUUUACAUAGAAGAAAAAAGUGCUUAAAGUGUAUCUGCUUCGAUUGAAUUCUAAAAAGCGAAUCUAACAUGCUUGUAUGAUUAUAAGCAACUAAACGGUUAAAACCUUACUUAAAAAGCAGCAUAAUAGCUUGUUCUGUUUAAUAGCGUGUUAAUAAAUAAAGGCAAACUGAGCAUCUUUUUUCAAAAACCGGAAACAAAACCUUUUUUUUUCGAUAAUUUUAUAUAAACAUUUCAUAAGAUAUAGAGGCUAUUUGUAAAGUUCAGUGUAAGAUCGGAAUAUAUUUCACCAAGUGAGCACCAAAAGGUAUAUUUCACGAGUGGCGCACGAUGUUCACGAGGUUAAACAUAUUUCGAUCUAACACUAAACUAAACAUUUUUUAUUAUAUGCAACGAAACGUUUAAGAAGACAUUUCAACAUAAUACUUUAUGAAAAGCGCGCCAAAUAAUAAUACAACGUGACGUCAUUUACGACGUCACGUCAUUAAGUUGGUACCCAGUUCUGUGCACGCAGGUAUUUCACUGAAACAACGUAGGGGGGCUUAAAUUCAAAACAGUGAAAUUACCAAAUUCAUAAUUUAACUGUUUCAAACAGUGAAAAUAUCAGUUUUAUAUUUCACUGAUAUAUUUCUAUAAACCAACGAAUAGCUUUUAACCAUUUAAACUACGAAUUAGGCGGAACCUUGACAGAAACCGUGUUAAAUCAACUUAAGAAAUUCCAGUGCCAAAUUAUCUUAAGUUUGUUAGCUUUUUAAAGAAAUACAUGUAUGUAUGAAGGCUAUUCUAUGGUAAUCAUGCUUAUAUUCCUUAAUGAUAUGAAGACCGUGCUGUAGUUAUCCGUAGUUGAAUGAGUUUCAUUAAUUUUUUCAACUAUGAGCAUGUUUGUUUCAAUUUGUUACAUAUCAUCAAACCUUUAGUUUAAUUUUCGGUAAAGGUUUGUAUGAUUAUAAAGUGUAAACUACAAAUCGUAAUUAUAUAUUUAAACUAUUUGAUAUAUAUGAUUUAUAUAUAUAUAUGAUAUUGAUGAUUCAAUAAUGUACAUGUGCACAUGGAGCAACAUUAAAGGUAUCUUAUUAUUCGUGCAUGUCGGACCAAGCAUGUUUUAUGCGUCAUUAAAUAAAAUAACAAAAAAUAAAACCUUAAGUUUCUAUUAUUAUGUGUUCAAUGUUUGAAAUAAUUAUAAGAACGUGUAAAAUCAACAGUGUAAACAUAUCUUGAAACUUAAAUCAAAUGUGUUUCCUAUACAUGUAUUUAAAUUUAUUCUGAUGUAGAAAAUUAUCAAGUUAAUGCAUUGUCUUUUGUUAUUUGAAUAAUGUGAACAAAAUAUAAAUCUCACAUGGAAUUUCGUUUAUCUGUAAGUGUGUUUGUUUGUUGGAUUAUUUUUAUUGUUGUUAUCUUGAAG